AUGGCAAUCAACGCGAUUAGGCAAGAGGACAUCUCCAUACCUCUCGAUUCAGACAAGGUCGACAGCUCCCUAGCCUCGAAGCCAACCUUGGUGCGAUGGUACAUGGACACUCGGCGCUGGGAUGAUAUGGCGCUCAGUCUUCCUCUGCUCGAAACCCUGACUCAAUCCGACCGAGAUGCCGUCGUAAAGUACCACCACUUGUCGGAUAAGCGCAUGUCCCUGGCGUCUCAACUUUUGAAGUACUUCUUUGUUCACCAGGCCACUGGCACAUCCUGGAAGGAUAUUGUGAUCAGUCGUACUCCUAUUCCAGAGAACCGACCAUAUUACGACUCGAGCGUGGAGUUCAAUGUCAGUCACCAGGCCUCUCUCACUGUCCUUGCAGGGACCCGUGCACCGGAGAGCAAUGUCCAAAGUAUCCCAUAUCCACCCCGAGUCGGAAUAGAUAUCGCCUGCGUUGACGAGCCCAGUCGUCGCCGGUCUGACCGACCUCCCAAGACCCUUGCAGCUCUGGCAUCUUUCGUGGAUAUCUUCUCUGAGGUUCUCUCAGCGCGUGAAUUGGACACCAUCAAGAACCCUCGUGCAACUCUUGAAUUGGCUCGCCAGCGUGGUAUCAAUACAAGCGACGUGAGAAGCGAUACCGAGGAAAGCCUAGCUCUUUACGGGAUGCGCCUCUUCUAUUCAGUCUGGGCUUUGAAAGAGGCAUAUUUGAAGAUGACUGGCGAUGGCCUUCUAGCCACCUGGGUACGCGACCUACGGUUCUCAAACGUCAUUCCCCCGGAGCCUGUUUCCAAGCGUGGUGUCACCGAGUACCCUCUCUGUGAACCCAGUCCCGUCGAUCAGUCAACCUUUAUUGCUCCUUCGGUUCAGAACUGGGGUGCACCAUACACGGAUAUUCAAAUUACCCUAAAGGGAAAACCCGUCCAACAUGUGCGCGUUCAACUAUCCGCCUUUGAGACAGACUUCAUUGUGGCCACUGCCGCGGCUGGGUCCAGCAUUGGUACCGUUUCUAGACAAGUCCAAAAUGACGGCGAUCACCACUUGCCAGGAUACAUCGAGCUAUCCGAUCGGCAUGGAACAAAGGAUAUGCGAAUUGAGCCAUCAGCAGUUCGAAAAGUUGGCGAGCGGGACCCCUGGCGCGUGCAGUCCGCAAUCAGCGACCCUUGGCUGCCCAUGCAAGAAGUCGAUAUUGACGUUGACAUUCGACCCUGUGCCGAGGGCCGUUGUGUUCACUUCCAGAGCCCACAAUCACUCUUCACAAACGAACCCACCCCAACCGUGGAAUCAACGGCUUCUCCGGAUCUCAACUACGUAUGA